GUCGAGGACCUGAAUAUGUAAGAUGUGUGUGUGUAAAGUGUUCAGAUUAACAAGGUACAACGAGAUGCAGAAAGAAAUUCACAACGCUGCAUGGAAUACACAAGGAUGAUUUUAACUUCACAAGCGCUUUGGAUUUAUUUUCAUCAGGUGAAGUGAGCGUUUGAUGGUUUUACAUAAUUAUUAUUAUAAGUGUAAGAAAGUUACAUCUCUCUCUCUCUCUCUUUCCUACUCUCGCUGAUUUACCCCUAGAUUCCAUUUAUCCACGGCCUCUCCGCUCUCAUCCAGCAGACUCUUUUUAAAGUCCUGCAUCAGAAGAUCUUGGCCAUGCUUCUCAUACUAACUGCAGUCUUCUUCACAUCAGUUGGUGGGUUCACCUCAGCAAAGACCCCGACCUCCUGCCAACGCAGUUCAUUUGGGGAUAUGGAACUGAAUUACUCCCUGCCCAUCCGCCCUCCCUGUGGUGAUUUCCAGCUGAGCAACGGUUCCGUGAUAAUCAAGAUCCCUAAAUUGAUCCCCAGACCACUGAUGAAGAGCUGCCGGAGGGACAACAUACCGGCUGGAAACCGAAUAUGCCGAAGGCCAGAUUGCCUUUCUGGACCGUGUAUGAAUGGAUGGUGUGAGGAGACGAUGGAAGCGUAUCUCUGUCACUGUCUAGAGGGAUUCUCUGGAAAAGACUGUACAAUAGCUGACCAAAUAACUACGGGCUCGGCAUUUCAUGCCCCAAACGUGACAGACAAUCGGUCUGGUACGACGAGCACGAGUUCCAUUUCCACAACACAAGAAAUGACACAGCACUCAUCGUCGAUGUGGUCUUCACUGACGUCUUCAAUUACUUAUUGGAUGUCGACUGCAACGACCACGAUGACGAAGGAAGCGGCCACGAUGACGACUGAGACGACCACGAUGACGACUGCAACUGCCACGAUGACGACGGAAACGGCCACGAUGACGACGGAAAAGGCAACGAUGCCCACGAAAACGACCACGAAAACGACCACGACGACGCCGGAAAAGGCUACGAUGACGGCUGAGACGACCACGAUGACGACUGCAACUGCCACGAUGACGACGGAAACGGCCACGAUGACGACGGAAAAGGCAACGAUGCCCACGAAAACGACCACGAAAACGACCACGACGACGCCGGAAAAGGCUACGAUGACGGCUGAGACGACUUCGGAAUACCCACCUACUACAACGGAAAUUUCAGAUGGUGUCUACAACUUAAUAAUCUGUGAAGAAGAAAUUGCAAAUAUUACAUGUCCACUGGAAAACGUCAUCAGCAUCUUGUCUACGAACUACGGACGCACUGAUCCGGUCGCCUGCCCUCACGAACGUCCAGAGACGACGGAAUAUACCAGCUGUUUCCUGGACGUCGCCGCGGACAUUUGCCAACCCUCGGGUUCAGCAUGCAACUUCCAGGUUGGAAAUGCUAAAUUCGGAGACCCCUGUGGUGGGACGUGGAAAUAUCUCAACUUGACCUACACGUGUCUCCAGGCUGAUUAGUAAGCCUAUACUGUUAUUAGUUGACAGGCACACGCCCUUGUCUUGAGACUGUGAGACUAUACAUGGUCUACUGCACUCCAUAUAGGCUAUGUACAUUAUCUGCUCCUAACCUGCGCGACCAGAGCCCGACAGAGUUAGGCUUUGCUCAAGACUUUAUGGAAUUGUAAUUAAGUGUCAAGAGUUAAGAGUUAAGAGUCUCUGUCUACAGACUACACUGACGUUUGAACGAGAAUGAUAAGGAUUGACUGACUACAUUAUACUUUCAUAUUAAAUCUCGAAUUUUCGCAAAAUCAAGUUCGUUUAGGGAAAAGGAUUGGUGUGAUGAUUUUUUUCACAACCACGAGCUUGUCUAGGCAGUGGCGGAUCGCGUCUUAUUUUUGGUACCAUAGCUAGCCCAGAUUGAUCUCGCGAAGGAAAUAUGUGCAUGAGCAAUCGCAAAGGACACCAGCGCAUGCGCACAUGGAAUCCGGUAGGGUUGUUAAUAGGGUGAUAGUAAUUAUACAAAUCAAGGUUUCAUCAACUCAUCGUUAGCUCAAUCGUAAGGACAGCGUUAUACUAAUAGAACUUUGGAGUUUACUUGAGGGUUUAAAUCUCAGUAUUUAUUCAGUUUUUUCCUUUAUAAAUAGUGAGGCAAAGCAGUAAAAAAUCAAAGUCUAAUUGUUUGUGACCUCUUUGCAAGCUUUCAUAACUUGUUAUGUAUGAACAUGAGUUCAUACUGGAAUCUGGGCUCGCUGUGAUACGAAAAAAUAAGACGCUGGCGGAUGGGGGGGGGGGGUACAAGUGGCACCCACAAUAUUUGCUUCAAGUUUGGUUACGCAUUAAGAUGUUUUGAUAUAUCUAGGUGUGGUUUACUAUAGCUGUGCUGUAUUGGAUACCCACAGCUGACUUUAAAGAUUAACAAGACCCACAAACUUCAAUAUAUUUUGUUCAAAAUCAAAUUAAAAGGUAGGGCUUAUGUAAUAAAAUGAGUAAUGAGUAAAAAGUAUGUACCCACGGUUUUUGCGCAUCCCCAAAUGUUUUUUUUUUAUAACUUUCUUUAUAUGAUCACCCAAUCACCAGGAUUGGUCUAAGGUUGUUGUUUUGACAAUUCGUCAUACAUAAGUUUGUAACCAAUAGCAUAAUUUUACUUUCUCGUUGUCGUCAUUGGUAAGCUCAUGUAUAGUUAACAUUCUAAUCACUCCAUUUCACAGAUCUUUUUUCUUCACCCUUUCAAUUUGUAAGAGGGUUAGAUUAUCCUUCAUGAAUGCUUACCGUACUUACAUAAUGUAUUUUUGGUAAAUUUUGUAUGGACGUAUAUAUGCAAAGAAAUACAUAGUGCAAUUAUUUUGUAUAAAAUAUCUUUUUAAACAUUGAAGGAAACAUGUGAGGUAGAAACAUUGAUUUUCAAUAAAUCACUCUUCAAAAUAGAUUUCAGUCUAAUUCUAGUUAAUCACCCAAUGUAUAUACUUCCUACCAAUUGAAAAUAUUUCAUGAAGUUUUUUUCUUUUAAUAAUAUAAACAGAGCCAUGUAAAAGACCAGCUUUAAAAAAAUUGUUUCGUACAUUUACCUUUAUUAUAAAACAUUCUUCAUGUAUUCUAUAAAUUAUAUUAAAGUUAUUUUGUUCAAUUGUUUGCUAGCUGAAAAGGCUACUCUGUGUAAAUAUGUGAUUGUGAUGAAUGAGUUAACAAGUGAAUAAAUAGAAAUCUUAAUAGAAAUU